AUAAUUCUAAAGCCCUGAUUAUAUUCUUGGCAUUCUUGAUUGUUGUGACAUCAAUUGCUUUACUACUGGUUCUGUACAAAAUCUAUGAUCUUCACAAAAAAAAGCUGGGCAAUUCUUCUGAAGAUGUGAGCCUUGUUGCAGUUAAAGAUGAUGAAAGGCAACUUCUGAACAUAGAGCCAAUACCUUCUGAGCAACUGCUGGACACAUACAAGAGGAAGAUUGCUGAUGAGGGAAGGCUUUUCUUGGAUGAAUUUCAGAGUAUUCCUAGAAUUUUCACUAAAUUUUCAAUAAAGGAAGCCAAAAAAAGCCAUAAUCAGAACAAAAACCGUUACAUUGAUAUCCUUCCAUAUGAUCAUAACCGCGUUGAGCUCUCAGAGAUCCCAGGAGACCCAGGAUCAGACUAUAUCAAUGCAAGUUAUAUUGAUGGCUUCAAAGAACCAAGAAAAUACAUUGCUGCACAAGGCCCCAAGGAUGAAACCACGGAUGAUUUCUGGAGAAUGAUCUGGGAACAGAAGGCAACAAUUAUUGUCAUGGUGACUCGCUGUGAGGAAGGAAACAGGAACAAAUGUGCCCAGUACUGGCCAUCAAUGGAGAAUGGCUCUGCAACAUAUGGGGACAUCAUUGUGAAGAUCAAUGAAACUAAAACGUGUCCAGACUAUGUCAUUCAGAAACUACAUAUCACAAAUGGAAGAGAAAGGACAACUGGAAGAGACGUCACUCAUAUUCAGUUCACAAGCUGGCCAGACCAUGGAGUCCCUGAGGAUCCACAUCUCCUUCUCAAACUCCGACGCAGAGUUAAUGCUCUCAGCAACUUUUUUAGUGGCCCAAUAGUGGUUCAUUGCAGUGCUGGUGUUGGGCGCACUGGGACAUAUAUAGGAAUUGAUGCCAUGCUGGAGGGGCUGGAUGCAGAAGGCAGAGUGGAUGUUUAUGGCUAUGUUGUGAAGCUGCGUCGGCAGCGGUGCCUCAUGGUUCAAGUAGAGUCACAGUACAUCCUUAUCCAUCAAGCGCUAGUGGAAUACAAUCAGUAUGGAGAAACAGAGGUCAGUCUCUCAGAACUGCAUUCCUAUCUUAACAAUCUGAAAAGAAAAGAUCCUCCGAGUGAUCCUUCUCUGCUGGAGGCAGAGUUUCAGAGAUUACCUUCCUAUAAGGGGUGGCGGACACAGAACACUGGGAAUCGGGAGGAAAAUAAAAGCAAAAAUAGAAAUGCCAACACAAUUCCAUAUGACUUUAACCGAGUACCGAUCAGGCACGAAGACGAAUGCAGUAAGGAGGGUGAACAUGAUUCAGAUGAUUCCUCAGAUGAGGACAGCGACUGUGAGGAAUCAAGCAAAUACAUCAAUGCUUCCUUCAUAACUGGUUACUGGGGUCCAAAAGCCAUGAUUGCAACGCAGGGACCACUGCAGGAAACUGUCUCUGACUUCUGGCAAAUGAUCUUCCAAAGAAAAGUCAAAGUCAUUGUUAUGCUGACAGAGCUGAAAGAAGGAGAUCAGGAACUCUGUGCACAGUACUGGGGAGAAGGAAAACAAACGUAUGAUGGCAUAGAAGUUCAAAUAACAGAUGUCAACUGUUGUCCUAGCUAUACCAUACGUGCAUUUGAUGUUACACAUCUGAAGAGGAAAGAAACACAGAAGGUGUAUCAGUAUCAGUAUCACAAGUGGAGUGGCUUGGAUGUUCCGGAAAACCCCAAAGAUUUAGUCAACAUGAUUCUCAACCUCAAACAAAAAGUCCCAACCAGAACAGCCACCGAGGACAAUAGGAGCACUCGCAGUGUCCCACUCGUCGUCCACUGCCGUGAUGGAUCACAGCAGACUGGUGUAUUUUGUGCUUUAAUGACUCUCUUGGAAAGUGCAGAAAUAGAAGAAGUAAUAGAUGUUUUCCAAGUAGUAAAAGCUCUUCGUCGCACCAGGCUGGGAGUAGUCUCCACCUUUGAACAUUACCAAUUUCUGUAUGACACCAUUGCCUGUACCUACCCUGCACAGAAUGGACAAAUAAAGAAGCAGGAAGACAAAGUUGAAUUUUGCAGUGAAGUAGAAAAAACAGAUCAGGAAACGGAUUUGAUCACUAUUGAUCUGACACCAUCAACGCCAGAAGUAAAUGAGCCUUCUGAAGUAUGUGAUCAUUCUAAGGCUGCAGAUAGCACUAAGGGAACAGAAAGCUCUACAAACGGCCCCACAACUCCAGUUCUAACUUAGAGGCUAUACUAAAAAAAAAGUGAUUUUUCACCUGCAAAAAAUCCUAAACGAAAUAAGAAGUAUAAGAUAUUUUCCACUUCCCACUUCUUUUUGGAAAAUGUUUACUGUUAUAUCAGUUUUUCAAAGGUACAAAUUUAAAGGAAUACUUGAAACUCAUAGAGAGUGACAACGAACUGU